UUUGAACAGCCUGCACUUGGCUUGCUUACGGCAUAAGUGAGGGUUCGGCUGUGAGGACAUUGAUUGGCCAAUCUGAUAUUCUUGGAUUACGAAUGCGAGAACGACAUCUGAAGCUUCGAAAUCCUAUAUACGAUAGAUGUUCCAGAAUCUUGGCUCGUUGCUGAAACGAUGACCGAAAUGGCUUCCGAUCAUUCGAGUGUGUCGCCUCCAGCCUUAAGCUCAGGUGCUUCAUCGACGCAGAAGCGCGAGACAUUAACUUCUCGGGCCAAGCGGAUCAUUGGUCGGGGACUGGAUGUCAGCGAGGAGGUAUCCAAUACAUCGGAAAGCUCGAGCAGAGGUCUAAAAGUACGAAAGACCCCUACUAGACGACGAGAGCAAGUUUUGCAGGCCCAGCGAACUCACCGACAACGUACUCAAGGGUACAUACGCGAGCUUGAGAAAGAGGUCUUGCGUCUUCGCGACAGCGAGACGGCGUUAAAGUCUGAAAACGCCAGAUUGAAGGGUAUUCUGAGUCAAAAUGGCAUUCUCGUAUCCGAAAAUGCCAGCCCUGCUGGCCAGGACGGCAGUGCUUCUCCUGAAGAUCCGAUCUGUUUGCUCUCCGAGCCGAGUCCACCGGCGGUGGGCGAUGCCAGCUCCAUUGGUUCUGUGAGAAUCGAUUUGACUGCAUUGAACACCUUUGAGAAUGAAAAAUGGUGCUCAGUAACAUCAGCAAUGCAGGACACCCGACCGUUCGAGCUACCGACAAUCUCUCAAGCUCAGCUGUUCGACUACGGUUGUCUAGACGGUCCGAUCGCACUUCGAGAAGGCUCCGAUGGCAAUUAUGGUCCAAUUCCGGCGAUGAACGCGCAGGCCGCAAUCGAUUUUGUCCUUGAGCUGGAACGCCCUUGCCUUGGGCAUGUCAAAAACGCGUAUUCGCACAAAAUGCAAUUCGCACCUCUUGGUGGCAGAGCUGCCCCGGACUUUAACCAUGGUCCGCACCAUGUGUUCACUACGGCAUCUGGACUGCUUCACUGCGGAUUCGGAAAGGAUCCUAUCAACGAACCCUUCUCCAUGCCCAUCAGUAGCCUCGAGAAACUUUUUCAGACAAGCUUAUCGCUAAAUCUAGGUGAUGACGUAACUCCAGUCCAGAUAUGGGCAAAUAUCAGAAGAAUAGCGACAAAGAUCGAUUUGGACAUCACAAUGCUUCGGCAGCUCAAAUUUGAAUUCAUGAAAUAUGCUAGAUGCAACAGUUUUGGAAGUGUUGUGCACCGCGACAUCGUUGACGCAAUUUUUGACUUCUUCUUUCCGGGAGAACGAUUCGUACCAAUUUGGUCUUGAAUUAAUUUCUGCCAUUUAUAGAAUGGGCUGAGAAAUACUCGAAUAGCUGGCCUGUUCUCAAGUGCCGUAUUAUUAUUGUCUUUUCGAAUAUCAAAUGAAUAUGUACACCCGUUUGGGAAGCAGACCUGGAGUCUUUGAUAUUUCAGUAUGAGACGGUCCUAGCCCAAUGAAACGGUAGCCAGGAGCUCUAAAGCUCCACGAAAGCGCUCAUGAAUUACUACUCUUUGCUCGUCUUGGAAUCUGCUCGUCGUUGAGCAGUUACGACUUGACGCUUGAAGAUUGGAUUCUAUCCGAGAAUACUAUGAACUUGCUCUUUAGUCUUCCUAAUCUGCGUGCCAGCAAUUAGCCUAUU